GGACCAUUAGCCUUUUCUUCUGCGAUUCAGGGGUUCACAAGGCUUGUGUUAUCUCUCCCUCCUUCGUGUGGCAGUUGACCACCGACACGCCAAGUGCCCAAGCCUUCGUCACUCCCUUCGCGUCCUUCGCUGGCGACGAGCAUCUGCCACGCCAGGUUUGGAAACUUCUUGUAUGCUCCCGUAUUCAACGCUGAUUGGUGAAAAUAGUUUUGGGACUCUGAGGACCUAAAUUCUGUGAAUCAAUUGUAAAGGUGUAGCUAUUUGUAGUUGUGGAGGUGUGUGAAGAAAUGGAAUGCAACAAGGAUGAGGCCCAAAGGGCGAAGGUUAUUGCAAAGAGGAAGUUCAAAGCAAGGGACUUGCAGGGUGCCAGAAAAUUCGCCCUCAAGGCUCAGACACUCUUUCCUGGGCUUGAAGGCAUUGACCAAAUGAUCGCCACCUUUGAUAUCUAUCUUGCUUCAGCUGCUGGGGACAAGGACUGGUACUCUAUCCUUUCUGUUCCCAUGAAUGCAGAUGAUGAAAACAUAAAGAAACAAUACGAGAAGUUGGCUAUUCAGUUCCACCCUGACAAAAACAAGUCAGUGGGUGCUGAGGGUGCUUUCAGAAUGGUCCAAGAGGCAUACAUGGUGCUAUCAGAUAGAACCAAGCGAGCUGUAUAUGACCAUAAGAGGAAUGUAAGGAUAUCCCAACAGAGAACAUUGCAAUCGAGUAAAGCAAGCAUGGUCCCUGGUGCAUCCAAUGACUUCUAUAAUUUCGCAGCUAAUGCUACUACUGCCUCCAAGCCGACAGUAAGCAAGCAAACAGUGGGAUCAGCAACACAUGCCCUAGAUGCACCCCCACCUGCACCUUCAACUACUACUAGUACACCUGUGGCACAACCUAAUACAUUUUGGACCUUAUGCAAUAAAUGCAAGAUGAACUAUGAGUACCUCAGGAUGUAUUUGAAUCAAAAGCUUCGCUGCCGUAGUUGCCGUGAGUUAUUCCUAGCAAAAGAAGUACAAAGGCCACCAAUAGGGAACAUGGUGCAAGAUUCAAACAUCAGUGGUGCUAAUCAAAAUGCAACCACUAAUAGAAAUUUGGAUGGAGGUCCAAUUUCAAGGGCUGUUGGUGUAGCUAGUGCCACUGCAUCGUCUGUUGCUGCUGUUGCUCAAGCUGCUAAUGUAGUUCAUCAGACAUAUGAAAAAGUUAGGAGGGAGAGGGAAAAUGUGCAAGCAGCGGUAAGAAGGGAGGAGGCUCUUCGCCGGAAGUACAAUCCUCUAAAAAGGCAUGGAAGCAUGUCAGAGAAUGCUAAUCUUGGAGCAGUUGCUGCAACAUCUAGAAAGAAGACAAGGACUAUGGCUAAAGAUGCUGAAAUUGGUUCUUCAUCCAUCAUAUCAGGUCUAGGAGCAAAUUUUUUUAGAGUGCCUGGUGGUGAUGGUGGACCCAAUUGGAAACCCAGACCUCUGAUCCAUUUAAGUUUAGCCAAGACCUUCUCUCAGAUGGAUCUUAGGGGUCUUUUGCUGGAAAAAGUGAAAACUGAGCUUAAAAACAAGCUAACAGUAAUAAAAAAUAAAACAUCACAAGUUGUUGCUAGUGAAAAAGUGAGCAAGAAAGUUGUGGUUAAGGAAAAUGGUGGGGAUAAUGAAGCUCUUGCACCAGAAGAUCCUAUAACUAAUAAAGAUGCUCAUGAUGAUCCUGAAGAAAUUGGUUCUAAUACUAGCACAAACACUGGAAAUGAAGAUGAUGGCCGCUUAUCUUUUAAUGUUCCUGAUCCAGAUUUCUGUGAUUUUGACAAGAACCGCACCGAGGAAUGUUUUCGAAGUGAUCAAAUUUGGGCUUCAUAUGAUGAAGAUGGUAUGCCUCGUUAUUAUGCAUUUAUUCAGAAAGUUCUUUCCUUGAAACCAUUCAAGCUCAGAAUAAGCUAUCUCACAUCAAGGACAAAUAGCGAAUUUGGGACUUUGAAUUGGGUUUCUUCUGGAUUCAUAAAGACGUGUGGUGAUUUCAGGAUUGACAAAUAUGAAAGUUGUGAUAUAGUGAACAUGUUCUCUCACCAAAUGAAAUGGGAGAAAGGGCUUCGUGGGAUAAUCAAAAUUUAUCCACAGAAAGGUGACAUCUGGGCUAUUUAUCAGAAUUGGUCCCCUGACUGGGAUAAAGAUACUCCAGAUAAUGUGCUCCAUGCCUACAAUGUGAUUGAGAUACUGGACGCCUAUGAUGAAGAACAUGGCAUCUCCAUUAUUCCCUUAAUUAAGGUUACUGGAUUUCAAACAAUAUUUCAGCGCCAUCAGGAUCCAAACACUACCAUGAAGAUUCCCAAAGAAGAGAUGUUUCGGUUUUCACACCAAGUGCCUUUUUACAGGAUGUCAGGCGAAGAAGCUCCAAAUGUCCCCAAAGAUAGUUAUGAGCUUGACCCAGCUGCUAUUCCUAAAGAACUUCUUGAGGGGAUCACAGAAACAGUGGAGGCAAAUGGAACCUCGACUGUUGACUAAGACAGUUGAUGUCUUCCUUGGUUGAACUGCCAUUUUGAAGUAAUCGAGCAAAAGAGAUUAAGAUUUGCUAGUUUCCUAGUUUUAUAGAUUUCCUUCUACUGCUUUUGAUUAUCACAUUUUUUUGCAUAGAAGGGAUACAAUGGAGCUAGUCAUUCAGGAGCCAGCUGCUUAGCAGCUUCUGGUGUAAUUUAACAGGCUCUAGCAUGAAUUUAGUUGUGAUAUGUUACUUGUUAAGUAU